AUUUCUGAGGAGGUUGAGCAAUAAUGAUCUCUAUAAAUUCCUGACGGGGAAGAGAACAAGUAGAGGGAGAGAAGACCAGAAAAGAAGGAGACGAUUGAAAGAGGACUGAGAGGGUGAAAGAAGAGGCAUUCGGCAGUGGAGUGGACUGUGUGGAGAACACUUCCCAUUGGAGCCCUGCUGCUUAGGACCUUGAAGUUUUCAGGUGAAUUCCCAAAGAUCCCUCAGGAGAUGGGCAUUUCUCAUGACAAUCACACCUUCUGAAAAAAAGUCUCCCUGUGUCACAGAAAAAGGGGACACGUCCGUGCUUCUACACCUGCAUUGCUUGCUGUUUGGGGUUUUAUGAUGGGUUUCUGUACAGCACUUUGAGAUAUCAGCUGAUAAACCGGUUGGAUAUUUCCGUUGAGAAUCUGAUAAGAGUCCCGGAGCGCACGGGAAUAACAGAGGACUAAUGGCCACGUCUCAACCGACAGCCACUGGCGGGGACCAGGACCCCAACUCUGCCAAUUUACGACCUUCAUCUACAAACUAUGACGCGUGGAUGCAAGGCUGCACGCGGAAACUGGGUUUGAAGAUCUGUGGGUUCCUGCAGAAGAACAACAGUCUUGGGGAGGAAGGCCGGCUCGCAGGCUCACUCUCAGAACGCCAGAAGAACCUGUACUCCUGUGACAACAGCGACCGGGAUGCCCGUUUCCGCCGCACUGAGACCGAUUUUUCCAACAUGUUCGCGAGAGACUUACUUCCCGCUAAAAACGGAGAAGAGGCGACUAUGCAGUUCUUGUUGGAACUUGUGGACAUCCUCACCAACUACGUGAGGAAGACGUUUGACCGUUCCACCAAGGUUCUGGACUUCCACCACCCUCACCAGCUGCUCGAGGGCAUGGAGGGAUUCAACCUCGAGCUCUCUGACCAGCCAGAGUCCCUCGAGCAGAUCCUCGUGGACUGCAGGGACACGCUCAAGUACGGCGUGCGAACAGGUCAUCCACGGUUCUUCAACCAGCUGUCCACGGGGCUGGACAUCAUUGGGCUGGCUGGGGAGUGGCUCACCUCCACAGCCAACACCAACAUGUUCACCUAUGAGAUCGCUCCAGUGUUUGUCCUGAUGGAGCAGCUGACGUUGAAGAAGAUGAGAGAGAUGAUUGGCUGGCCCUCGGGAGAGGGGGACGGCAUAUUCUCACCAGGGGGCGCCAUCUCUAACAUGUACAGUGUGAUGAUUGCUCGCUACAAGUACUUCCCAGAGGUCAAGACCAAGGGCAUGUCUGCCGCUCCCCGCCUGGUGCUCUUCACAUCAGAACAUAGCCACUACUCUAUCAAGAAAGCCGGGGCAGCUCUGGGCUUUGGCUCUGAGAACGUGGUCCUGCUGAGCACAGAUGAGAGGGGGAGAGUUAUUCCUGCUGAUCUAGAAGCUAAGAUCCUCGAUGUCAAGCAGAAGGGUUACCAUCCUCUGUUUGUGAAUGCUACAGCUGGUUCUACAGUCUACGGAGCAUUUGACCCCAUCAAUGAGAUCGCUGACAUCUGUGAAAAAUACGACAUGUGGCUGCACGUAGACGGUGCAUGGGGAGGUGGUCUUCUGAUGUCCAGGAAGCAUCGCCAUAAGUUCAGCGGAGUAGAGAGGGCUAACUCUGUCACGUGGAAUCCUCACAAGAUGAUGGGAGUGCCUCUACAGUGCUCCGCCAUCCUAGUCAGAGAAAAGGGUAUUCUGGCAGGCUGUAACUCGAUGUGUGCUGGGUACCUGUUCCAGCCCGAUAAACAGUAUGAUGUCAGCUAUGACACGGGAGACAAGGCCAUCCAGUGUGGCCGACACGUUGACAUCUUCAAGUUCUGGCUCAUGUGGAAGGCCAAGGGCACUAUAGGGUUUGAGCAGCACAUUGACAAGUGUCUGGACCUGUCUCAGUACCUCUACGACAAGAUCAGAAACAGACAGGGAUACGAGAUGGUGUUCCAGGGAGUGCCCCAGCACACCAACGUGUGUUUCUGGUACAUCCCACCCAGUCUGAGAGGCUUGGAACACAACAGUGAGGAGUAUCGAGAGAAACUUCACAAGGUGGCGCCCAAGAUCAAGGCAAUGAUGAUGGAGUCAGGGACGACCAUGGUGGGCUACCAGCCUCAGGGCCAGAAGGUCAAUUUCUUCCGCAUGGUCGUCUCCAACCCCGCAGCCCUCCAGUCAGACAUCGACUUCCUCAUUGACGAAAUCGAGAGGCUGGGGCAUGACCUGUAAACAGUGCCACCCCAGUGGGCAGAGGCCAAACUGUAGUUUUCAAUGUUGUACCUGUGACCAUAAGAAUCGGCUCUGAGAUAAAAACAAUUUUAGCUGUUCUUGAUUUGUCCUAAACAAUUCUCUCCGUAGGUAGAAUGUGUAAACCAGAGCCUUCAUGGUGUGGUGGGUACACACUGCGAUACUACAUUUUUACUAACGUGUGUAGAGUCCUGUGUUGUGUGUUUGUGUUCUAGUCCGUCAGUCGUCCAGUAGUCACCUGUCUUUCUGUGUUGUACAGAAGGUUCAUAAGAGGAACCAUGGUAACAUAACACAGGGAAACCAUCUACGUGUGUGUGUGUGUGUGUGUGUGUGUGUGUGUGUGUGUGUGUGUGUGUGUGUGUGUGUGUGUGUGUGUGUGUGAAUACAAAGAAAUGCUUGAGAGCACAAAUAGUAUAGUGUACACAUUUUGCUCCCAGAACAACUUCAAUUCGUCAGGGCAUGGACUCUACAAGGUGUCAAAAGCGUUCCACAGGGAUGCUGGUCCAUGUUGACUCCAAUGCUUCCCACAGUUGUGUCAAGUUGGCUGGAUGUCUUUUGGCUGGUGGACCAUUCUUGAUACACACAAGAAACUAUUGAGUGUGAAAAACCCAGCAGCUUUGCAGUUCUUGACUCAAACCAGUGCGCCUGGCACCUACUACCAUACCCCGCUCAAGGCACCUAAAUCUUUAGUCUUGCCCAUUCACCCUCUGAAUGGCACACAUACACAAUCAAUGUCUCAAUUGUCUCAAGGCUUAAAAAUCCUUAUUUAACCGGUCUUAUCCCCUUCAUCUACACUGAUUGAAGUGGAUUUAACAAGUGACAUCAAUAAGGGAUCAUAGCUUUCACCUGGAUUCACCUGGUCAGUCUAUGUCAUGGAAAGAACAGGUGUUCUUAAUGUUUUGUACACUCAGUGUAUUGUGAUAUUAUGAUAUACGAGACACUUCAUUUGAGCUCAGUGUAUAUAUAGGAUCAUUCUAGAGCCAGAUGUACCAACUCUAAGCGUUAAACCUUGAACUCCAGUGUGUGUUUUGUGGAGGUGUGUGUGUAACAGUGUGUGUACCCUGUGCUGUAACCUAAUGCUGUAUUGACCUUUGAACUAUGACCUUAGUGUUAACUGUCAGAUGAUGUUGCCCCUGUAUACUGAUCUAGGGUCACUGUUAUGUUUUUCUCCCUUAUGGUUAAUAUUAGGGUUUGGGGGGAGGGUGAGCUGAUCCUAGAUCUUUGUUUAAAAGCGACUUCUACUUGCAGCGUGUAAAAAACGGUCUCCUUGCGUGUGUGAAACAAGCAUACAGUAUGGGUCAGUGCUAUCCGGGUUCAUUGGGACAUCCCUACCCUAAACCCUAAACCCUAAACCCUAACCCCGUACCUUAACCAUAACCCUUACCCAAUCCUAAACCUUUACUUAACCAUUUAAAAUGUCUACUUCAAUGGGGUAAGGACGUUCCAAGUAUCCCGGAUAGCACGGACCAAACAGUAUGUGACCAUUUUGGAAAAUGUUUAAAUACUAACACAAUAAUGAUAUAUAUAAAUAUGCUUAAUUUAUAGCAUUACCAGUGUUUUAAAAGUCUGGUAUUUUCUUCCAUUUAUAUGAGUAUCUUUGAUUGAUAUUCUAUAGCCUUUAUGUAAUCUGUAGAUUCUGAUUAAUAAUGUCAUUAAUCAAUUAUAUUAUAGUGAAUUUGUGAGCCAAAGAAAGUGAAUGUUUUGCAGUGAUCAGAUUGUCUGUAUGAUACUUAAUUAUUAUGUGAUUAUAAAGAAAUAGAUAUUGUCUGACAGGAAUAUAAUUACAUUAAUGUAAUAUACUAACUUAUACUGUCUGUAUUAUAUACCUUCAGCGUUUUGGGAACUCAUUGGGAAAUCAAAGCGUUUCAGUUCAUGUCUUUGCACAAUACUAUCCUUUAUUUAUUUAAUUUCAAAUGGAUGUGUAUUGCAGUAAGUUAAGAAUUAUGUCAUUAUAAAUAUAUCUUUAUGGUAUGUAGGGACCAGCUAAGUAAACUGCACAAUGACCUAAAUCAUGUGACCAAUUUGGAUGUGUAUGAAGCCGUAGUGGGAGAUUUGUCCUUAGGAAGGUACAGUAGGCACUUUAACUCACAAUCAUGCAAUGUUGCAGCUCCAAUAAAGUCUAUGUCUUGUUUCAA